AUGACUCGGCCCGUCCCUCUGCCCGAUAACAACAAGGUCAAGGAUCACCCCAGCUCAACCGACGCUACAGGAGCAUCUGCAUCUGCAUCUGCAUCGGCAUCGGCAUCUGCAUCUGCAUCUACGCACAGCAAACGCCACAGGUCGACCACCACCAUGACGCCCGAACAGCUUGCGCGCAAGCGGGCCAACGACCGCAACGCGCAGAGGGCCAUUCGCGCCCGGAGAAAGGCCCAGGUUUCGCACCUCGAGGCCGAGCUGGAGACACUCAGGAACAAGCCGCACGCAUGCUGUCGCAAGCUGCUCCAGCGGAACCUGGAGCUCGAGUGCGAGCUGGCCAUGAUGAAGGGGAGCCCGCUGCCAUGCCCGUCGGCCACGCCCGCACACACAGACGAAGGCACAUCGACACACGCAUCACCCGAGAUGCACCGCAUCAACUGCCAGCUCGAGUCGCCAACGUUCCCCCCCGGCGGCGACAUGGAGGACUCCAUGUCGGCGAGAACAAGCGCGGGUGCCCUGCUGCUGUCCCCCGCGGGCGGCUGCGACCUGGACUCGUCCAUGUCCGGCGAGACCACCAGUCCGGCGGCCGUCAUGUCGACGAUAUACCCCAAGUGCGGCCUGGAGAGCAGAGACGCGCCCCUGCAAGGCGCCGUGGCCGCCGCCUACGCCGCAGAGAGCAUCAACGCCACAUGCAUGGCCAACCCGGGCCUCGACGUCGUCACGUGCGGACAGGUCUGCCCGCAGGCCAGGAUACCCAGUCCCGCCCUGCCAGGCCUGUGGCCUGCGGGGACGCCGCCGUACGCCACAAACGCCGGCGGCAUCAUGGACGGCCUGGUACAUGUCGCCCUCGAGGUUCCGUGUCAGAGCAUGAUGCCGGCGGCGAGCGCAAUCCCUUCAACGCAUUUUCCGCAAUGA